AUGGGCCUAACAUUUGAUCUCGAUGGUUGGCUGGAGAACCGCUCCGACAAGAAUAAACCACUGCGAGUGAACUGCUACGACCAGGCCGGCUUAGUGAACUGCUGCCUAUUCCUCGGACAUCCGUACCAAUUCAAAAGGGGGAAAGACACAAAUAACGACAUGCCGGACUGGGUAAAGGGAGAUCUGGAUGCUGGAGUGGAAAGAUUGACCAUUGGUCGAUGGUGCAAAGGGCGCUGGAAGGCUGGCGAUUCUUGCUUUGGGUAUAUCAACACAAUGGAUUUGGUGGGCUGGGGCAAUACCGACCAUCCCUUUUUUAGACUCGAUCCCAGUGAUCCGAAAUCUGAAAGGUCCAGUUUCGGCAACCAUAGAUGGGCGAGUAUCCGCAGCGGGGACCACAUCCGGGCUGCAGAUGCGUGUGCUGGCCCUGCCGUGCCGUUUCCUGACGGAACAAUCGGCGAGUACCUCACCUCGGCCAUUGAUAUGAAAGCUAUAGCGCAAGAUGCUUCCAACAGGAAUUUCAUCUUGGAACAAGGCUCCCUGAGUCUGCCUGUUCAAACAAUCGGACCAAUUACACAUCUUGCUGCACCAAGCGACUACGAGUUCGACCAGGAGAUCGAAGGAAAGAUUUCAGCUCUCCUCAAAGAUGAGCCCACGCCAAUUGCUUUGAAUGUCGAUGACAUUCUGAAGGCCAUCAAGAAUAGAUUCAAGCCCAGUGAUAGAUACGAGUCCCGUGAUGAAUGGAUCGUACCAGCACAUCGCACAGAGACCAUCUCAGACCACUCUACCCUCAGCUUGCAGGUGUAUGAUAACCUCGAGGAACAGUUGUGCCCAUUGGAUGGCAAUGGAAAGCUGGUCAAGCCAACCACCGCCAACAAAUAUCUCACUGUCACGAUCGAUAUCAUGACCACUCGUAAACAAGCGCUUGACGAAGCACGGGCUCAAGCAGAGAGUUUCUCGAAUGACUUCAGGGGCCGAAUGAGCCUAGAAGUCGAGCCCGAAUGUCAAGCCUGUCAUGUCUCAGGGCAGGACCAUGAAUGUUUGGCUGCAGACCUUUACUUGAAGCCGGUAGCGGGAACAGCUGCUGUAUACCUGAUCGUAUUCUCGAAUAUCUUGAUUCAACUCAAGGGAGAAGGCAUGGAUGAUGAAGUGGCGAAAGUAAGCAAGGAUGUCAGAUCUUGCUGCAACAUGAGCAGAAACCUUGGUUUGCAGCCGACAUCGAGUAUGAUUCUGAAAGAAGCCAUGGAAAAUGCCAAGAUGCCCGAGACGACGAAGGUUGGCCAGCAGGAGGAGAUCAAGAUCGAGAAUAUAUAUGUUGAACAGCCCAUCAGCAACAAUGGCAUAUGGACUAUCCGAUUCAUGGCGCGGACAUCGACCAGGACCAUCCUGGCUUAUGAUCCUAAUCCUAAAAAACGCGAAUGGAAAGAAGCAAACGGCGACAAACUGAAGAUCACUUUCGCUCAGGCACCUUCGUAUUUCCCAGCGGAUUUGGAAUUCAACGUCGCCAUCGACAGUCUGUGA